AUGAUUGAGAUGAGCUUAUUUAACGCCAACCAUCCUCCCCUAUUCUAUCCAAACCAGUUACCACAACGGUUUCUCUUCUUCACUCUCUUCUCUGUUCUUAUGGAUUCAAGUCAUCCACAUAGUCAGUCCUCUAGCUAUGUAGGCUUGCUAACCAGUCAAGAUGAAAGCAUUGCACAUGGUAACUUUCCUUAUGAAAGUUACCAUUCUAGUGUAAACUUUGGCGCUUCAGAAAUCCCCCCUUUCAGUUCACAGCAAGCUCCACCUCCAACUCAAGACACACCAGUGAAGCGUGGGAAGAGAAAUAAGUGGUCCCCAGCCGAUGACGAGGUCUUGAUCAGUGCGUGGCUAAACACAUCGAAAGACACCAUAGUCGGAAAUGAUCAAAAGUACGGAACCUUCUGGAGACGCGUAGGAGAAUACUAUGAUGCAAGUCCUCAUGCUACAGCGAGGGGUGAUAAGAGGUCUCAUCAAAACUGCAAGCAAAGGUGGCAGAAGAUCAAUGAACUCACUAACAAGUUCUGUGCCGCCUUUGCAGCUGCAGAGAGACAGCAAAGCAGUGGUCAGAAUGAGACUGAUCUUCUGAAAACGGCUCAUGAUAUCUUCUUUAGGGAUCAUGACGUCAAGUUCAACCUUGAGCAUGCAUGGUGUGUGUUGAGGCAUGAGCAGAAAUGGCUUUCACUCAACACUAUUAAAGCCACUAUCACCAUUGCCACUGCGAAGAGGAAAAAUGCUGAGAAAGACACCCAAGCUUCAAGCUCCGAAGUUGGUAUGGAUCAGAUAAGGCCUGAAGGUAUCAAGGCUGCGAAAGCCAGAAGGAAUAAUCGUCAAGGGAAGGCUCAUGCUGAUUACAAGGACAUUUGGGAGAUCAAGAAGGAGGAUUUGGAGAAGAAGGAGAAGCUCUCUAAACUGGCUAUACUAGACACUCUGCUAAAUAAAAAAGAACCUCUAUCUGAAGCUGAAGAAGUUGUCAAGAAUAAGCUACUAGCCCUGUAUUUCUGA